GUUGGUCUCUCAAGUUGCACUAGGCUUUCCCAUAAUACCACUAGGGACUCUAUGGUCUGCAUCACUCGAGAGUGCGUGAGAUUGGCAGGAGAGGACGACCAAUGUGAAACACAUAGCCGAAGUGCUUGCAUCCCGAGAGAAAUUGUUAUCCGAUGCGAAACGACCCGAGAAGUAAUGUUGUCACACGGUGAUCCGGGUGCAAUCAGUGAGCUUUUAAAGCUUAUCCUCCAGAGACCAAAGCAAAGGUCCCCCUUGAUUAACGACCAUGUCACCAUGAGAGCUACUCACGUACCCACGGACUACGGACACGAAAAGAUAUAUUAGCAAUACAUACUGAGUAUCACGAACGUUACAAGAGGAAGAAACGAUUAGAAUGACACCAGAGUUACAAUAUGGAUGGGUGAUUCAUUUGUUGCACCGACGGAAUGCAUGGACUUUCGCUUGGCGGUCGGUACCAAGCUUGCGCGCGCUCAUGGGUUCCUCCUUAUGGGAAGGUGGGAACCUAUCGCGCCAAACGGGUUGGGAUCCCGGCCGCGGACGGCCGGAAAGUACACUUCACCCUGACCGAUGCAACCCAGUAUCAUUUCAGAGGUCCUUGCUAUGAUAGUCAGACAAAAUUCAACUCACAAGGAGGUGAUGAGUUCGUGUUCUAUAUUCGACCACGCGAGGAGUUUGGAUUGGAAGGGUUGGCGGAGGUCGUGUUGGCGGUUGUAGUAACGGCAGCGGUGGUGGUGGUGGAAUGGGAAAGGGUUGUAGCAGCGCAGGCCUCGUCCAUGGUGCAGCAGGGCCUGGCUGGACCCAGGAAAAUGGUGUGCUUGCGUGCAUUCCAUGCUGCCCGUGGACGUGCAGUGGCACUGUUACCGCUCCGGGGAGGGGCUUGGGAAUGGGAGGAUCUGGUCGGAGGGGGACAGAAAACGUUGUGGAGGGGCCAGCAUGGCAUCCUACCGCUGGCCGGUGGCCCUCGAUGGCAGCCUUGACCGCCUCCCUCGAGUGAAGGCCCAUAGGGUGUUCACUGCGGGUGACCGUGAGUGCUGACCCUUCCACCCGCUUCGAGCGUCCUUGCACCCUUGCCUAGAUCCAUCAAUUUUAUAGCUGUUCAGCUUUCCCGCAUCGAAUCGAAGCGUCACUCACUCUAGCGGCAACGUUGAAAUCCCACAAAAGAGGGAAGGGCCCGUGUUCUUCUACAAGCUGCUCUAAGAACUCGGGAUUCUGGUUCAUGCAUUGAUUUAUAAGCUGCUUUUGUUUGUUCAGCUCCUUUCGUGAUAGUUCUUCGACUGGAAUCCAUUUGAGCUUGUGCAUUGUGAAAGGACGGGUGGAACG